CGGAGCCCCAGAGCCUCGCGGACUGUCAGAGCCCCAGCGGGUCCCUCCGUCCCGGCUCCGUGUCCCCCCGCCGCAGCUACCGAGCCGCUGCCCGGAGCCUCAGCCCCGCCACCAUGAGAGCCCUGAUGACGUGCCUGCUCCUGGGCGCCCUAGUGGGCAGCCAUGAGUUUCAUCCAGUGUCUAGCGCAUCAAACUGCAGCUGUCUGAACGGAGGAACGUGCGUGUCCUACAAGUACUUCUCCAACAUUCAGCGAUGCAACUGCCCAAAGAAAUUCCAGGGGGAACACUGUGAGAUAGAUACAUCAAAAACCUGCUACGAGGGGAAUGGUCACUCUUACCGCGGGAAGGCCAACACCAACACCAGGGGCCGGCCCUGCCUGGCCUGGAACUCUGCAGCUGUUCUUCUGAAACAGUACCACGCCCUCAGACCUGAUGCCCUUCAGCUGGGCCUGGGCAAACACAAUUACUGCAGGAACCCGGACCACCAGAGAAAGCCGUGGUGCUAUGUGCAGGUUGGCCUGAUGCAGCUUGUCCAGGAGUGCACGGUGCAGCACUGCUCUUUUGAAAAAAAUCCCCACUCUCCUCCAGAAAAAGCAGAGUUUCAAUGUGGCCAGAAGGCUCUGAGGCCUCGCUUUAAGAUUAUUGGUGGAGAAUUCACCACCAUCGAGAACCAGCCUUGGUUUGCAGCCAUCUACAGGAAGCACCGUGGAGGCUCUGUCACCUAUCAGUGUGGUGGCAGCCUCAUUAGUCCUUGCUGGGUGGUCAGUGCCACACACUGCUUCAUUAACUCCCAGAAGAAGGAGGACUACAUUGUCUACCUGGGUCGGUCAAAGCGUAUCUCCAAAACACUUGGGGAGAUGAAGUUUGAGGUGGAAAAGCUCAUCUUGCAUGAGGACUAUAGUGCUGACAGUCUUGCUCACCACAAUGAUAUUGCCUUGCUGAAGAUCCGUUCUGAUGAGGGCCAGUGUGCUCAGCCAUCCAGGUCCAUACAAACCAUCUGCCUCCCUCCAUCACAUGGUGAUGCUCAUUUUGGUGCAAGCUGUGAGAUCAGUGGCUUUGGAAAAGAGAAUUCCACUGACUAUCUCUAUCCAGAGCAGCUGAAAAUGACUGUUGUGAAGCUGGUUUCCCACCAGGAGUGUCAGCAGCCCCACUACUAUGGCUCUGAAGUCACCGACCAAAUGCUGUGUGCUGCUGACCCAGAGUGGGAAACAGAUUCCUGCCAGGGAGACUCCGGGGGGCCCCUGGUCUGCUCUACCCAAGGCCGCCUGACUUUGACUGGGAUUGUGAGCUGGGGCAGUGGAUGUGCCAUGAAGAACAAGCCAGGCGUCUACACAAGGGUCUCACGCUUCCUGCCUUGGAUCCACAGGCACAUAGGGGAACAGAAUGGCCUAACCCUCUGAGGCUCCCCAAGGGGCCAAGGGAAGAGAGGGGUCCACCCACUCCCAUGCUGACUAUCAUUUUUGCUAUAGAACCAUCUGCAUCAGCUCUCUAUAAGGAAGGAACUGAGGAAGAUAGGCUAUUACAGAGAUGAUUUUGCUUGUACUGCCCACCAGGGUGAGCAGCAAUAGCUUGAUCUUCAGAUACAGGCCUGGGUGCUGAGUGCCCAGAUCUCUUGAGGCCAGGAUGGAGGAAUGGCCCUGACCCAGGAUGGUACUGACCAGUUGUUUGUCUUUCUCUGAACUAAAGCCUCCUGGAGUGAAAAAUGCCAUUUCCUGAGCAUAGGUAGAAAGAGAGCCAGCUCCCCCAACAGCGGGCAUUCAUGAGGCCCACUGUUGGGAAAUGAAUAAUUUCUUAAUUAGGAAGUAGAACAGAACAGAGGUCUCUUGAGGGAGCGUGGCCACUGUUGAACAGUGGCUUGGGGAGUGGAGACACUAAUGACUUGAUGGAAGGGCUCUGACAUUCCAUGAAUGUAUCAGGAAAUAUUAUAUAUGUGUGUAUAUGUUUGUACACUGGUGCACAGGCUGAGUGUCAGUGUGUGUAACAGCUAGUGUUCCUGAGUUUGACUGCAAGUCUAGAUAUUUCCCUAAACUGAGUGUACUUUGAUGUCACAUAAAAUGGUCUGGAGAGGUCACUCCUAGGGCCUCUUGGGCCUCUCAUGUGAUGAUGCCUAUGAAUGUAUCAUUCUGGGGCAUGGCCUGUGACCAGCACUAAAUUUUCAGUUUCAUUUUUACAUAGAUGUUCUUUCUUGGCCAGUUAUCCCUUCUGACCUUUCAGCUGAGUUUAUCCAAUCCUCACUGGGUGAGGUGAGGACCACUCGUGUACACUGAAUAUUUAAUAAUUAUAUUCUGCUAUUUUUAUUUAUAUCUAUUUUUAUAAUUUUGAAUAAAGAUCAAUAAAAUGUGAUUUUUCUGAA